CUUGUCUUCCUCUCUCUCAUCUUAUCCAUUCCAAAUUAUGUCCGACAGAAACACAGCCCAAACCGUGGCCGAAACAACCGAUUCGAACGUUCCGGGCACACCUGCCGUCGAACCGCCAGCUCUAGGAACUCGUUUCUUGUAUGAGGAUGUCGUUCCUCACGCUAGUCGACAUCGAAAUCGAUACCUUGUCCAGGAAGACCCUCCUCCAAUUACUCAGUUACGAAAUUCCUCUUCUCUCGCUCAAGAUCUCGCGUCACAACCGUCUAUCACCCAAUCGUCUGCUUCGCGGAACCAGGUCACCUCACAGCCUUCCUCGCAUCAGCCAUCCCCAGUCACUCAAGCUCCUGACAAUAAUGACGACCCUGUCUUGACGCCUCUCUCCUUGUGGACCACUUUUCUCAGCUACGCGUCAUUACCCUGUAUCCUGGCUGCGGUGUUCCAUGAUGCGCGACCUUUGUUCCUCCCAAAACUCGCCCUGCUGUUGCUGGUUUUUAUAUCCAUAAUCUCUCUCCUAUUUGCCAUGUCGCGUGUCGGUCAACCAGUGUUUACUCUCACAAAUUUCAUUGCGAUGCAUGGCACCGCCUAUUAUGCCGUUUGGUGGCAUGUUAUCAUGUAUGUUCUUGCUCAUUCUCAGUGCCUUGACUGUAUACCGACUUCUUAAGGGCCUUUUAUGUGGCAUUAUACUGCACGUUGUGGUAGAGGUGUGUUGCAGAUGUCCAUAAUUAGAAUCCAUUAGUCCACUCGUGGUAUUACGAUUUUUUAUGUUUCUUUCCCUCUCUUGCAGUCUCUAAUACUCUAGAAUACUCCGGAUACUCGAAAAUGUAGUUUAGAAUAAAGCACCCAGUGUAUGUCGUUCCAGUGUCAUUACUUAAAUUUGGGAUGGCUAUGCAGCGACGCUAAACCUUUGCCUCCCUGAGUUAUGUUGAACACUUGCUCAUACACAACAUAUUUGGAUUAUAUGCGCAGUUGGAACCGUCUCGCUAUGUCCAGGAGAGAGAAUGGGAAUCACUAGUGAUACUUAGUCGCGGGUUGUGGCCACAAAUCGGAACAGGUGGAAAUGUACAGAAAUGUUGCACGUGAUCACGGAGGGACCCGAC